UGUAUUUCUUCUAUUAGCCUGGACAAGGUAACCAAUGUUGCUGAAGGAACGGAACGGAACGGAACGCCUGUUUAUAAUUUCAUGUAUCUGAAAAGAAAUUGUUCGCUUCUGCUAAAAGUGCGUGGACAACACUUUCCAAUGUUGAUGGAAGCUAAAUUCUUCUCCCUUCGCCCAGGGCGUGUACGGUAAGCGAGGCUAACGUGCGUGGCUGUUGGAAUUAUCUCAUGAACCGGAUUACAUUCUGAUUAAAUGCUCAUGAGAAUAAGUUGAUUUAAUGAGUAAUGAAAAAGUUAAACGGCAGCGUAAAGUUUGACUUCUGAGUUCUAUUGGUUCCCAGUUUCCCACAACCUUAAGUUGCCAAGCCUUGCAAGCACAAGACAGCUCUGUUUUUCUAUAAUACAGUGAUAAAAAUCAGGCCUUAUGAUGAAGACUUGCAGUAUGCAUUAACCAUGGAGGUUUCCGUGUUUGCUAUUGCUAAAUAUCAAAGUGAUCUGCAAUCCCAAGAUAACCAGAGCUCCUGAUCUAUAUUUGAUCAGGAAUCAACUUCCCAUCUCUUUCUCUGUCCGCCUUUGUCAAAAGGAUAAAGAAACAGUAUGGGCAAUCCAAUGCCAUUUUUUGUCACCGCUUUCAUUCUCUUAGUGCUUAAUGGCCGUGGACUGAUGACAACAAAAGUGGAAGCCAAGAGCAAUGUUCACAUUGUUUAUCUGGGAGAAAGGCAGCUUGAUGAUCCUAAGCUGGUGACAGAUUCUCAUCAUGACUUGCUUGCUACAGUAGUAGGGAGUAAGGAAGUUGCCUCAGAUUUGAUGGUUUACAGCUACAGACAUGGCUUCUCCGGGUUUGCAGCCAAGCUUACAGAGUCUCAGGCACAAAAACUUUCAGAGUUCCCUGGUGUUGUUCGAGUAAUACCAAAUAGCCUUCACAGGCUGCAGACAACAAGAAGUUGGGACUUUCUUGGCCUCUCUUCUCAUUAUCCCACCAAUAUUCUUCAAAAUAGCAAAAUGGGUGAUGGAGUUAUCAUUGGAGUCUUUGAUACAGGAAUAUGGCCAGAGUCUAAAGCAUUUAGUGAUGAAGGACUUCGACCAAUUCCAUCGCGUUGGAAGGGUAUGUGUAAAUCUGGGGACCAUUUCAAUGCAGCAACUCACUGCAAUAGAAAAAUUAUUGGAGCUCGUUGGUUCAUUGAUGGAUUUCUUGCUGAGUAUGGACAGCCAUUUAACACAUCUCAAGACCCAGAGUACUUUUCACCGAGAGAUGCUAAUGGACAUGGAACACAUACAUCCAGCAUAGCAGGUGGUUCUUAUGUAAGAAAUGUUAGCUACAGAGGCCUUGGCCCUGGGACAGUAAGAGGUGGCGCACCACGAGCUCGGUUGGCUAUAUACAAAGUCUGCUGGAAUGUGCUUGGUGGACAAUGUGCAUCAGCUGAUAUCCUAAAAGCCUUUGAUGAAGCAAUACAUGAUGGAGUUGAUGUCUUAUCACUGUCAAUUGGGUAUUCAUUGCCUCUAUUUUCAGAUGUUGAUGAACGAGAUGGGAUUGCUACGGGUUCCUUCCAUGCCGUUGCCAGGGGCAUCACUGUUGUUUGUGGAGCUGCAAACGAUGGGCCUUCAGCUCAAACAGUGCAGAACACAGCACCAUGGAUAUUAACCGUUGCAGCAAGUACCAUGGAUCGAGCUUUUCCUACACCCAUAACGCUCGGGAACAAUAAAACCUUGUUGGGUCAAGCCAUUUUUACAGGAAAGGAGAAUGGUUUUACUGGCUUGACAUACCCAGAGGGUUCAGGGCUUGACCCUACUUCUGCAGGUGCAUGCCAAGAUCUAUUACUUAAUUCAACGUUGGUCGCUGGAAAAGUGGUACUUUGCUUUGCCUCAGUCGGUCGUAGGGUUGCCAUAAGAAGUUCUGCAGCAACUGUACAAGAAGCAGGGGGGACUGGGCUGAUUAUUGCCAAAAAUCCGAGUGACGCCUUGACUGAAUGCAGCAAUGACUUUCCAUGCAUUGAAGUUGACUAUGAAAUUGGCACCCGAAUACUCUAUUACAUCCGAUCUGCCAAGUCCCCUACAGUGAAAUUGAGCCCAUCCAAAACACUUAUAGGCAAGCCUGUGUCAGCCAAGGUGGCCUUCUUCUCAUCAAGGGGGCCUAGCUCCAUUGCACCAGAAAUUCUCAAGCCAGACAUAACUGCACCUGGAGUGAACAUACUAGCCGCUAUUUCUCAGUUGAAUAAGUUGAUGGAUGAUGGAUAUGCCAUACGCUCAGGAACUUCAAUGGCAACUCCUCAUGUCUCAGGCAUUGUGGCACUUAUCAAAGCAAUACAUCCUGAUUGGUCUCCUGCAGCUAUUAAAUCUGCACUAGUUACAACUGCAUGGACAAAAGAUGCAUCAGGUUUUCCACUCUUUGCUGAGGGAUCUCCUCAAAAACUAGCUAAUCCAUUUGAUUUUGGAGGUGGCAUUGUAAAUCCUAAUGGGGCAGCAGAUCCUGGCCUGGUAUAUGACAUGGGCACAUCAGACUACAUCCAAUACCUUUGUGCUAUGGGUUAUAGUGACUCUGCCAUCAGUCGACUUACAGGGCAAUCUACAGUGUGCCCGAUCAAAAAACCUUCCAUUGUGGAUGUAAAUGUACCGUCCAUAACCAUUUCAAGUCUUAAAAAUUCAGCCACUCUUACCAGAACUGUAACAAAUGUGGGAGCGCCUAUAUCUGUUUAUAGAGCUGUAAUUAAGCCUCCAACUGGCAUAACUGUAACGGUAAGGCCUGACAUCUUACUCUUCAACUCCACAACCAAGAAAAUCUCCUUCAGUGUCACAGUCUCUGCAGCCCACCAGGUGAAUACAGGAUAUUUCUUUGGGAGCCUGACUUGGACUAAUGAACAGCACGCUGUGAGAAUCCCCUUGUCCGUGAAAACAGAGUUUUUACAAUCUUAUGCUCAUGAUAAUUAAUUAUUGUCUUAUUGACUUAUUCCAAAAGAAUCUAUACUUCCAAGUUAUUGUUAAUUCAA